AUGCCGUUCUUUGCCAGAGAUCAUGAUAAAGUUACCAUUGCAAUGCCCGACAAGUUGCUUCGGCUACAAACUGUCUAUGCAUCGCCUACGAAACCAGACGGACUAGGGACGACAACAGGCUCACCAGCGAGGACGCGUCGACCAGGUGAACAUAAAUCUGUAUCACCCGCGCUUGGACCAUUACCGGGGGCACUUAGCAGCCUGUCGCCGAAGCAAUGGAAGCAGUGGAUGCAAGAUGUGCAGGAGCUAAAUGUAUCCUCGUCAGUAUUUCUGGCAACGUCGUUCUUAAACGAGAGCUUGUCGCAAGCAGCGAAUGAGGAACUGGAGCAGUUCAUUCUGAAACCGGUUGUCGUCCAAAACGCCGAGAAGGUAGCAUUGUUUCUGGAGAAGCGAGCAAAUAUCGCUACCAGUUCAGCAACAAAAAUUAAGAAAUACCCGCCUACAAUCAACAAAAUUCAGCAAUGGCGAACACGUAUCACAAAACCUAGGAAGCGCAAGAAGAGCGUGAAUCUGAGAAUUGAGCCACUGCUGUCUGACGAGAUGCGAAUGAAGCUGCAAGCUCAUCUGGAAGAGAAGAUCCAGGGCAAUAUUUGGGAAAACGAGAUCCGCUCCCAACUCGCUAGACCACUCAGUGCAACGACGUUCUGUAGCAGAAACGAACAGCUACGACACCCACUCAGUGCUACUCAGUUUGUUUCUACAAUUCACCAACAUUUAUGCUCUCAAAUGUCAAAGACCUUGGCGAUACCAGCUGGUCUUGAGCACUCCAUAUCUUCGCCGGCACCAAAAUUCCCGUAUUCUAAGGAGGCACAUGAGACUGCGAAUUGCAUACGUCGCUGCAGAUUAAAAGCUUGCUUCCGUGUAGCCCUCAAGGCCCGUGCACGCGCUGUAGCCAUUGCCAUCCGUGCGCUUCGUCGUCGAGGUAUUCCCCUACUUAUAAAAGGCUUUCGUCGCCGUCGACGUGCAGCCAUCCGAAUCCAGCGACGCUAUCGACAAUUUCUUCGUUGGCGCAAUGAAUUUUUACGUCCGUUUGCGUGCAAGAACGUUGCAGCUUGGGUUCGCCAGGGUCUGACGCUAGCAGCAUCACGUGUUCUCAUUGCUCGGGCCCUUACGACGCUGUACCAAUCACGGAAGGCAAGACAUGCAAUGGCUGCUAAGCGUGCAAGACAUCUGCAUCGAUGGGCUGCCAAGACGCGCGUGAGUCUCUUUGUUCAUCAAAUAUGGACAGUCAAUUGGUUCCGCAGUAAACGCAGCUAUAACGUCGUCGCGAUGAAGCAAGAGCUCGCACUCUUUGAGGCGAGCGACAGUAGCGUACAGCUCGAGUGCACUGCCGUCUUCGCAACGCCACUUGGUAAGGAUAUUCUGAAGAAGGAGCUCGCAGUGUGGCGUGUCGGAGCUCGUACACGAGCAGCUCGAAAAGAGCCACCAAGCACUACUGCGUCGAAUGUGGACCCAGUGAUACUGAGACUUCGACAAUGCUUCCAAAUCUUCGAUCUUGACGGCUCUGGGACGCUCGAUCUUGACGAAUUCCAGUUAAUGUUAUCGUAUCUACGUGAGAAGAAGCAGAAGCAACCUGGUCGAGGCAACGUAAGUGGGAGAGCAACAGCUCCGGGACCACCUAAACUAACACCGGCUCAAGUACGUAAUUUAUUCUCCGAGUUAGACAACGAUGGUAAUGGAGGUAUCACAUGCAACGAAUUUGAGAGCUGGUGGACAAGAGAGCAUGAGCGAUCUACAGUAUCCACGUCAGCGUCAACAAACUUCUUGUCCCGUGGUUUGGACGGCUUAGUGCUUCAAAGUCACGGACUGCUAUUUUGGCUGCUAGGGCGUAAGCAGCAACUGGAGCGAAAAUUCGUGAAAAAACUCGUUGCGCGACGUGCAAUGGAGAAGGCUAAGUGUGAGAUUCUGCAUAGGGAGAUCGAACGAGAGCGUAUAUAUGGUAGUCUAUCGGUCUUUCGGUGUCGGAGCUGUGGUCGCCGGUUUGGUUUGAGAAGAGAUUUGGAUGAUCAUGCCGCCCACGAAUGCAGUUCGACAGAGCUGGUGGUGGACACAUUUACAUUGAAGCGAUGGAUACACGAGGAAGACUUUCGACUGCUCGAAGACGUGGAAAAGUAGCUCGGGUAGUGAGAUACGCGGAGAUGAAUUCGAUCCCGGUGUAUUGGCAGCCACAAGACUUUAGUAACCAGAUUAAGGUAACAGUCGCAACAAUCAACACAACGGGCAUAUCGGUUAGUUGAUCGUGGGC